CCUUCUACCAAGCGCUUCCGCAGUCACCUUAAAGAGAUAUUCAGAGUCAUGUCUACCAGCACAAAACAAUCCAAAUGGCACGUCCGUUACUUUGAUGGGCAGAGCAAGAUAAAGUGUCCCUGAUUCGCUCCCGUCCUCACAUGAAUCGCAGAACAUCUGCAUGCAUAGAAGGGGACAUAUAUUUACUCUCCGGCGACUGUGAGCAUCGGUAGUCGAUUGCUCUGGACUGAUUCGAACAUGGCUGAUGCUGAGGAUAAUGUUUCAAUUCCCGAGUUCAACAACCUUCUCCAAAUGGACCCCUACCUUAAAGCAUACGAAAAGGACUUCAAGAGGAGGUUCGGGCUGCUUCAAAAGCAGCUGCAUCUUCUUGAGGAGGCCGAGGGGGGCUUUGAUCGGUUCACACAGGGCUACACCAGCUUCGGCGUUCAGCGUCAGCCUGACAACACCCUGAUCUUUAAGGAGUGGGCGCCCGCUGCCGAAGCCCUCUUCCUCACCGGAGACUUCAAUGGCUGGGACAAAUUCUCCCACCCCUACGUCCAGAGAGACUUCGGGAAAUGGCAGUUGAGUUUACCACCAAAAGAAGACAACACACCUGCAGUUGACCAUGGAUCCAAACUGAAGGUGGUGGUGCACACCAAAGACGGCGAGAGGCACUACCGGAUCUCACCUUGGGCCAAGUACGUGACCAAGAGCGAGAAGUCCGUCAUCUACGACUGGGUGCACUGGGACCCCCCGCAGCCUUACCGGCACAAACAUCCACGGCCCAGAAAACCCCGGAGCUUGCGGAUUUACGAGUGCCAUGUGGGGAUUGCCUCACCAGAGGGGAAAAUUGCAUCUUAUAGUAACUUCACAGCCAAUGUGCUGCCUCGAAUCAAAGACCUCGGAUACAAUUGCAUCCAACUGAUGGCAAUCAUGGAGCAUGCCUAUUAUGCUAGCUUUGGUUACCAAAUCACGAGUUUCUUCGCUGCAUCCAGUCGGUAUGGCACCCCGGAGGAGCUGAAGGAGCUGAUCGACGUGGCCCACUCCCUGGGCAUCAUCGUGCUGCUGGACGUGGUGCACAGCCACGCCUCCAAGAACACGGAGGACGGCCUCAACAAGUUCGACGGCUCCGACGCCGGCUACUUCCACGCCGGGGAGAGGGGCGUCAACAAGCUGUGGGACAGCCGCCUCUUCAACUACUCCAGCUGGGAGGUGUUGCGCUUCCUGCUGUCUAACCUGCGCUGGUGGAUGGACGAGUACAAGUUUGACGGCUUCAGGUUUGACGGCGUGACCUCUAUGCUUUAUCACCACCACGGCAUUGGCGUGGGCUUCUCCGGGGACUACUCGGAGUACUUUGGUCUGCACGUGGAUGAGGACUCCCUGGUCUACCUGAUGCUUGCCAACUACAUGCUGCACUCUCUCUACGAGGACUGCAUCACCAUAGCGGAGGAUGUGUCCGGAAUGCCAGCCCUGUGCCGUCCAGUGACUGAGGGAGGCUCCGGGUUUGACUACCGUCUCGCCAUGGCCAUCCCGGACAAAUGGAUCCAGAUCAUCAAAGAGAAGAAGGACGAGGAAUGGGACAUGGGCAACAUUGUGUACACACUGACCAAUCGGCGGUACAGCGAGAAGUGCAUAGCGUAUGCGGAGAGCCACGACCAGGCCCUGGUCGGAGACAAGACCCUGGCGUUCUGGCUGAUGGACAAGGAGAUGUACACCAACAUGAGCUCCUUCACUCCCAUGACGCCCGUCAUCGACCGCGGCAUUCAGCUCCACAAGAUGAUCCGGCUGAUAACGCACGUGAUGGGCGGGGAAGCCUACCUCAACUUCAUAGGUAAUGAGUUUGGCCAUCCGGAGUGGCUGGACUUCCCCAGGGUGGGGAAUAAUGAAAGCUACCACUAUGCCCGUCGCCAGUUCAACUUGGUGGACACAGAUCACCUCCGCUAUCACCAGCUGUACGCCUUCGACCGUGACAUGAACCGCACGGAGGACAAGUACGGAUGGCUCGCCGCCCCGCCGGCUUUUGUCAGCGAGCAGCACGAGGGGGACAAGGUCAUCAUCUGCGAGAGGGCCCACGUCCUGUUCAUCUUCAACUUCCAUCCCACCACCAGCUACCAGGACUACCGCGUGGGCGUCGAGAUGCCCGGAAAAUACCGGAUCAAGCUGGACUCGGACGACAAGAUGUACGGGGGUCACGGACGGCUGGACCACAACACGGAGUUCUUCACCGAGCCCACUCCUCACAAGGGGCGCGAGCACUCAGUGCGGGUUUACAUUCCCGCCAGAGCAGCCAUUGUUUUGGCCAACGAGGAAAUUGAUUACUUGUACUGAAGCACAGUCACCGCUCUGGAUAGAGGAAUGGCACAGGUGCCAAGCACCCUUCAGAACUUAGGAGGGUGAAUCACCACUCACAAGAGCCCUCUGUAUACCCGUAUUCUCUACUCCAAACAAACAAGGCUACAUUUCCAUGGUCUAACCUUAUACAGUCCAUUGCGACACACAACUUAAUACACACAUUUUUUAAUUCAAGUGUUUGUCUUGUUGAAGAGGGGGCAGGACAGCUACAAUAGUAGCUAGUACAAUGUGGGAAAGACUUGAGAGCUUUUCAGUAUCUUAGUGACACAUUUCAACUGAUUUGAGUCUACUUGAUUGGCUAGGUUUAGUGCUGUGAAGGGUUGACAGCGCGUGUUGUGGCUUAUGAAUUGUUUAAAAAGUCACUCUUGCUUAUUGCUGAGUCUUGCGUGCUCACUUAUUGCUUAUUCUUGCCCACAAUGUACUAGCUUAACCCAUCCAUGUGUUUGCCCACUCUCACUGUGUAAGCGUUAAAGUCACAUUAAGAAUUCAUUGUUUUUGAUGAAAUGUGACUUUAAUUAAUCCCCGGAGCAUUUAUUAUGUGACUGUCUUGGUCAUUUUCUGGCUGUAAGCUAAAUUGGGCAGAAUUUUUUAUGAGGGUAUGGAGCAGACUUUUGCACUAAGUAACAGAGAUAGAGAGAGAAAAAUCUGUUCAGCCUGAUGUCAAGUGGAGUUUGCUUGCUCCAUUAACACCAACUCAGUCGCUAGUUCUGUUACAAAUGUCCUACAGACCAGUAGACCAGACUGGUAAAGAACCAGAACCAGAACCAGACCAGAACUUAAGACCUUGACCAAGACCAAAAUCCAAACUCGAUUGAUACACUUCACUCCCCGUGUUCCCUUUAAGCGCAUCAUCAGUAUCGCUAGGAAGAGAUUAUAGUGGCCAUAUGCUCUCAGGCUUUUGCAGUAGUUAUUAAAACAUGGACUUCGGUACGACUUGGCUGCUGAGAACAUUAGCGUCGCUUGCAGUUGCUUGUUUUCUUAAACAAUUGGAAGGGGAAAAUGUUUCAGGUACAGUGCCCCGCUUUAUUACAACGAUGUUGGCCAACCUGAGCAAAUAAUUGCUUUCAUAGGCUAGGUAGGUUAGCAUGCGCUCCCAUGCAGGUGUUUAUGGAUCCGAGGGUAAUUGCACAGCUGCCUCGGCCUCUUACUGGGGGAGUUGAAGCCCGGUUAUUUCCCAUGGGCUCUAUAUAUAUAUUUUUUUUCAUUCUUCCUUUUUUCCCCCUCUUGUUUUUUGCUAUCCAUUUCUUUCUGGAUGGCGACCCUCUCCCCACGCGUGUAGAAUGAGAGUCACUGUCGAGGCUUCCCACUGGUAGAGUUAAGUCAUUUCUCAUGACUCGCUGAGGGGCCAGUCCUGCACAUCGCCAGAGAAACUUAAUGAAGUCGUGAGGUACAGUCAUGACAUUUCUGUAGCAGCAAACACACAGCACAGACUAGAGACGGAAUGAGGUGGCCUAGCCCCCUUUUUCACUGAGAGCGAAAAAAAGAAGCCACAUCCAAGACCGGUGACCUAGACCCCAAACUGAAUAGGACCUCAGACCAAAUCUUUGAAAAACACACAGACCAAAAUCACACUUGCUUGAUCUUAAAUUCUCUUGAGACCAACACCUCACCACUGAUGUCUUCAUAUAAUUUGGGACAAAAAACGGUUCAUGUCAUGGGCAUUAUGCUUAAAUUACACCAUGGAAAUGUAGUCAUUCACGUGCUUGCCAGUGUUAUCAGUAACCACCCGCUUAAAACUAAUCAGAGUGUUCUAAGAACGGACCUCACCUGACAGAAUCUCCAUCCAUGUAAUUCCCAAUUCUUUUUUGCCUCUGUCUUCCUCCUUUAUAUAGUCAUGGGAUAUAUCACUGUGUUUACUACUGAUGAGGUCAUGUGCCACUAUGGUUAUAUUGUUGACCUGUCUCACUGUGUGAUUUUUGACGUAUUGCCUUUCAAUGCAGCUUUUACUAAGGUCAGUAUUCAAACCAGUGACAGGGAAAUUUGUUUUAUGAAAACCUUCAAAAAAAGCAUUUCAUUUGGGAAAUUUGCAACAUUCUUACAUUCUUGUGUGCAAUUCAGUGUAAACAAUGCACUUUGAACAUUUUUAUGGGUUGUAAUUGUUGUUUGUAUUCAUAGAAUGUCGAGGACUUUGCAUAAAUUAUGAAGAAGAUUGAUUCAAUCUGCCUUAAUCUUAGACUAAAUAGGCUUGACACGAUCCUGUUAGCAUUGCUGGAAUCCUCCCGAGAAAAAUACAUUGGCAACUGAAAAGGAAGCUGGAAAAUGUACACAACAUCAUUUAACUGAUCUUUAAAAGAUCUACUGAGAUAAAAUCACAUCCCAUCCAAAUUAGAACACCUUCAUUGGCAGGUUAAACAAAUUGUAUUUUUUCUUAUAUUAUGUGUCCACUUCCAGGCAGCCUGUGAUAUCUAAUUUGUCCAUGUAAAAUUCACUGUUGUAUCUAAGUAAUAUCUAUCUAUCUAUCUACCUAUAUAUAUAUUAUAUAGGCUAUGUAUUGCCCAGCUCUUGCACAAUAAAGUAGAUCCGUCACUUUGAAACUGUUUGUUUAUAUGAGCAGACACCUUGUGAGAUGCUGGCAGAGGCAGUGGCGAGGUGCAUUACUUGAGUCAGGACGAGACACCUCCACGAUCCAUCAUGUGCACAUCUGCAGCACCCUCUGCAAUGGAGACGUGAGCGCAGAGUGAUGGGAUCUGAUAGCUCGGCCCAUUUCACGCCAGCAUCUGUAACUCCCCAACUCGCUCUCUGCCUCAUCUCCAUCACAGCUUGCGUUAAUCUAUCUCCGUGGCAGCGAACGCAAUCCCAACCCUCCAGCCCCGCCUCUUCCAUCCCACCGUUUCCCUAGCCAGCCUCACAGGAGAAGCUGGAUUAACUGCUUAAAUAAGUACAUUAAAAUAAUUAUCCAGGAAACCCGAGCGCGACUUUCCCCAGGUGUCUGACUCUUCCUCGCCCGCCCCUACCUCUCUCUGGCGCGCGCUCUGGUGUGCUGCGGAGUUGAGCUCCCCUCUCCCUCCGUUGUGGUUUGGGGAGAGACAGAGGCCCUGAUAGGCUUUUCUCUAUUGUACCGGCGCUAAGCUCGUUAGCCGUCUCAGAUCCUCGUUUCCGUGAUGCGAGCGGUUGAUGGAGAAGCAGAGGAGAGAGUGAGGGGAGUUCAGUUUCAGUUUCAUCGAGCUGCUGUACUUUUACGAAACUCCGUCUGGUUUUAUUGUUUUAGAGAGAAGGUUGUUUUUGUGUGUGUUUUUUUUGUGUCUUUGUGUAUUUUUAGCUUGGGGGGAAGGAAAGCAACAUGGUGGAGUCUGGCGGUUUUCAUCCCAGUAAUGAGUAUCUGUUUGUUACUUUGCAUCAUGACCACAACAUCCCAGAGGUCAAGCCUCACAGCCGCACCAAAAUAAUUGUGGUUUUUAUUCUUGUCAGGUGAUGUUACAGGCGAAAAUGCCACAAACUGUUAUGUGAACACAAACAUGCAUUUUUAAUGUCUGAAAAAAAAUCAAUAAAUUAAGCUAAAUGAAGUCA